AUGGCAAAGAAAAUCUGUGCAGAGUCAGACUUCACCUGCAACAAUGGCCACUGCAUCCCAGCCAGGUGGAAGUGUGAUGGUGAAGAGGAAUGCCCUGACGGGUCUGAUGAAUCAGAAGUGACAUGCACCAAACAAGUGUGUUCAGCGGAAAAAAUUAGCUGUGGAAACUCAAGCAACAAAUGUAUCCCAUCAUCCUGGAGAUGUGAUGGAGAGAAAGACUGUGAAAGUGGAGUUGAUGAAGCUGGUUGCACUGCUGUCUGUUCUUCCAGUGAGUUCCAGUGCAGUAACAAGACCUGCAUCGCCAUGAUCUUCGUGUGUGACGGCGAUAAUGACUGUGGCGAUGGCAGUGACGAGAGGAAGUGCUCGCCACUCACCUGCAACCCUAACGAGUUCCAGUGCAACAACAGCAUGUGCAUCCCCGAGCCCUGGGUCUGUGACAACCAGCCCGACUGUGAAGACCAGUCAGACGAAUCGAUAGAGAAAUGUGGCUACAAAGUCAAGCCUCCAGUGCUGAACACCUGUGCGGCCCACGAAUUCAGGUGCGGCAAUGGGGAGUGCAUCCACUUGAACUGGAAGUGCGAUGGUGACGAGGACUGCAAAGACAAGUCAGACGAGCAGGAUUGCCCAUUAGUGACCUGCCGCCCUGAUGAGUUCCAGUGUGGGGAUGGGACCUGUAUCCACGGCACAAAGCAGUGCAACAAGGUACACGACUGCCCGGACAACAGCGAUGAAGCAGGUUGCAUUAAUGAGUCCACAUGUGCAAGCCCCAGGAAAUUUCAGUGUAGAAGUGGAGAGUGCAUUGAUGGAGUCAAAGUAUGUGAUUCACAUAGAGACUGCAGGGACUGGUCUGACGAGCCUCUGAAAGAAUGUGACCAAAACGAAUGCUCGAUCAACAAUGGUGGGUGCUCACACAUAUGCAAAGACUUGAAGAUCGGUUAUGAAUGCGAAUGCCCUCCCGGAUACAAGCUUCUGGAUAAAAAAACGUGUGGAGACAUAGAUGAAUGUGAGAAUCCAGACGCUUGUAGCCAGAGAUGCAUUAAUUACAAGGGGGACUACAAAUGUGAAUGCUACGAGGGAUACGAGAUGGACACCCUCUCCAAGAACUGCAAAGCCGUAGGCAAGAGUCCAUAUCUGAUCUUCACCAACCGCCAUGAGGUACGUAAGAUAGAUCUGGUGAAAAAGGACUACUCUCGGCUCAUCCCCAUGCUGAAGAAUGUGGUGGCUUUGGAUGUGGAGGUGGCAACAAACAGAAUAUACUGGUGUGAUUUGUUCUACAGAAAGAUCUACAGUGCCUACAUAGACAAAGCCAGUGACACUGCCGAGCAGGUGAUUUUGAUAGACAGUCAGCUGAACUCCCCCGAAGGCCUGGCAAUGGACUGGGUUCACAAGAACAUCUACUGGACAGAUUCAGGAAACAAGACCAUCUCUGUGGCUACCGCUGAUGGAAGCAGGAGAACGACACUCUUCAGCACUGACCUAAGUGAGCCCAGGGCCAUAGCAGUGGAUCCAACCCGGGGGUACAUGUACUGGUCUGACUGGGGAGACAAAGCAAAAAUUGAAAAAUCUGGCCUGAACGGUAUGGAUCGGCGAGUGCUGGUUACAGACAAUAUCGAGUGGCCUAAUGGCAUCACCCUAGACUUGCUGAAUCAGCGUCUCUACUGGGUAGACUCCAAGCUGCACUUACUGUCAAGCAUUGACUUCAACGGCAGCAAUAGGAAAGUUCUCAUCUCUUCUGCUGAUGACCUGAGCCAUCCUUUUGGACUAGCAGUGUUUGAGGAUAAGGUGUUUUGGACUGACCUGGAGAAUGAGGCAAUCUUCAGUGCGAACAGAUUGAAUGGCCUGGAUAUCUCCAUUUUAGCAGAGAAUCUCAAUAACCCUCAUGAUAUUGUGGUCUUUCAUGAGCUAAAGCAGCCAAAAGCCCCAGAUUCCUGUGAGCUCAGCUCCCAACCUAAUGGAGGCUGUGAAUACUUAUGUCUUCCCGCACCCCAAAUCUCUAUCCAUUCCCCCAAGUAUACGUGUGCCUGUCCUGACAACAUGUGGCUGGGCCCUGAUAUGAAGAAAUGCUACAAAGAUCUUCCAGCUGCCUCAACAACUGAACCAGUUUCAACUCCAGUAUCCACCAUCACCAGUACUGUCAUUUCCACCAUCAUCGCAGCUACAACUAGCAACACCAGCAAUGCCAGUAGAGAGAGCACAGGAGCUGUAUCACAGUUUUCCAUCACAACCCCAGGUGUUGGCUUACCCACGACCACAUCCAGCCUAAUACGCCCAAAGAUAAUGACAACUGGAAACAGCAAUUUGUCCCAGCACUAUGCCAAUGAUGAACAAGGUUUUGGAUCAACUGUUACAGCAGCUAUUAUCGGAAUUGUAGUUCCUUUUGUGGUCAUUGGUUUGCUGUGUAUGGGAGGGUACCUCAUCUGGAGGAACUGGAAACGAAAGAACACUAAAAGCAUGAAUUUUGAUAACCCUGUGUACAGAAAGACAACAGAAGAGGAGGAUGAAGAUGAAAUCCAUAUUGCAAGAACUGCACAAAUUGGGCAUGUCUACCCAGCACGUGUAGCAUUGAGCCUGGAAGAUGAUGGGUUACCAUGAGGACCAAGUUGCCACUAUAGUCCCAUACCUGAUGGAAUAAUAUGCACUGAGCAGAUUCACUUUGGAUCAUGGAACUCCCCUUCCUUUUCUUCCCUCAAUGAAUUUAUGUUGCAGAAGGGUAACUACAAAGUUAUAAUGAACUGCAAACAUCCAAAGGAUGUGAGAGUUUUGUAUGUAUAAUCUUUUAUACACAUUUUAACUUGUUGCACUACCCAUAUGUGAUAGUGAAGAGGCUACUGCUGAGCUACUAACUCAGUAUACAUAAUUAGCUGGGUUCAAUGGCUACGCAUCAUUUUUAAACUAUAUUUAUAGAGGUUUUGUAAAUAGGUUGAACUUGCUUUGUGGCUCUCCAUCAACAUAAGUAAAAAAAAUCUAUACAAGCAGUUUAGAAUAUUUAUUAAUAAAAUUGAGAUAUAAGAUUUGUUCUGUAAAUAUAUUAGAGGGGUGAGAGUAUUUAUUUUUUGUAUGUUUGGCUUGCUGUGCAUAUAUCUAUCUAGACUAGAUAGAUAUAUAGACAUAAAUAUAUAUAUAUACAUAUAUAUAUAUAUGCACAUACAUAUAAGUAUAUUUUAAACUAUUAGCCCAAGUCUAUGGGAAUUAGGGGGAUUGAAUUCUUAAGGAAUGUUUAUGGAAAAAUUGCUUUGAACUCUAAAGCCACUGGAGUAAGAAACAGCUGUACAACAGAACAGUCAGUGGUUCUGUAAAAUUAAUGAAGCACUCCCAUAAUGAACUUUUUCUGUCAAAAUAUGUUGUGGUUUACGUUGCAUUUCAAGCCCAGAUGAAUGUCCUGGCCCAGGAGUUAAGCGCUAACAUACUUGAUUUCCUUUAAAAAAAAAAAAAAAAAAAAAGUCACACCGUAAAUGUCCUCAUACACUAUGGGUACGUCUACACUAACCCCCUAGUUCGAACUAGGGAGGCUAAUGAGGGCGAUCAAAAUUGCUAAUGAAGCACGGGAUGUAAAUAUCCCACGCUUCAUUAGCAUAUUCCUGGCUGGUCGCCAGCUGGAAACUGACUAGCCCGAAGUAACUGACCGCGUGGCAGAAAAACGGAAUUCCAAGAUAGACCCCUUACUUCGAAUUAACUGUUAAACUUCUUUCCACGAGGUUUAACAGUUAAUUCGAACUAAGGGGCUAGUUUGAACUAGGGGGCUAGUGUAGACGUACCCUAAGUGAGGAGAAGUUACUGCAUCUCACACAUAAGAAACUCCUAUAGGUUUCAACAUGACUUUAUACCAUAUCAAAAAUUUAUCUCUAUGGGGGUGUUUGAUACCUAAACCUGUCUUUUUUGGGGGGGGGGGGGUCCCAUGAGAAUCUUGUUUAGUACUCAUAAAAGUGAUGAUUUACUGGUAGUUCUAUAUCAUCCUUCUGAAGCUAGCUCAUUGUAAAAUCUUUCCUUUAUCCUUUUAUGGCUGUACUGCUACCAAUCAUUAACACUGCUGAAAUGAAUGAAGUGUUAGGAAACAAAAUACCAGUUUGACCUGGAAUAUACAGCUCUGGGUAGGAUGGCUAAAAAGGCCAUUGGGGAAAAAAAAUACCCCAAACCACCUUAUACAGCAGUGAUCCCCAAACUGAGGGAGUGUGGCAAAACCCACACCAGGUCCUACAGGGACUAUGGAGGGAACAUCACCCAGACCCACUCUGCCCCCAGCUUCACACCUGGCCCCAACUCCCAACUGCACUAAUGGGAGGUGCAGACCAAUUGCGGGGAGGAGAGACAAAAGUUUGGGGACCAAUUCCCUAGAAGGCCUUUCACUCACCUGAUCCUAAAGCUGAGCAACUAUGAGAACAGUCCUCAAUAACCUUUCCAAUUCCAAUAUUCUUUCCAAUGGGAACAGUGGUGGGUGUGGCAGACAUUACUGUCUCUGGCAGAAUCUUGUGACAGCUGUGAAACUAAUGUGUCACUAUUUCUAUAGCAUUAGGAAGUAUCAAGGAAAUCUUAAAUUCUACUGGGCCACAGAAUCAAUUCUUCAGCAGAAGCAGCCCUUUCUUCUAAACUCAGUCUGGCUCAUGGUGCACCAAUAUCCCGCAGACAUGAUAAGGAACAUAUGGUAGGGAACAUGGUAAGCAGUUCCUAUCCCAAAUAUCUGGUAGAGGGCACUGAGUGAUGCAAAGCAUCACUGUUCAUUGUGGAAAUCAUUACCUUCAUUACAAUCCUGCACUACUUCUUGCUCCUGGGAACAAAAUUCAUAGUUUCUCACAUGGCAUAGGAGCACUCAUCUUAUGUGAAUCAGAUGCCAAAGCCCAAGUGGUUUAUCUACUUUGCGCAGUCUUCUGAAGUCACUAUCCCAUAUAUGCACCUGUGUAACAUACAGCAUAAAUUUCCAGGGAUAUCUUUUUUCAAUAUCCAUAUGCUCCAACUCCAGCAGUGAAUAAAGGAUCCAGUUCUGUUUGUUAGAUACAAAGCACUCACUGUUCCAAGGGCCUUAUUCAAAAAUCUAUUAGAAUCAAUGGAAGACCUUUUUCACUGGCUUUAAAUUAGGCCUCACUGACUUUAGUGGGAGAGGAGGGGGUUCAACCUCUGACAAGGAGUAUUCAAUACCUCUGUGGUUUUGGUCCUAAAUCCAACACUGUACAAUAGGUUGUAGAGUAACCUGUGUUGCUUUUAUAUGUGAAUUGAAGUUUGUGAAAGAUCCAAACACUAUCUGAAGAUGCCUGUAUGAUGGGGAGGGGAGAGGGAAUCACAGUUUAAUGUGGGAUUAAAGUGUUGGUACAUGAAUUAAGUCUAGGAAGACAAUACUACAGUAUGCAUUAUGGAAACACUAUGGACCCCAAACUUUUUGUACAAAAGGUCUAUGAAGUUUAAGUUGUCCUUAACCUUCAAUUCUAAAAAUCUAAAGGAGGUGGCUUGAUUACUUAAAGAUCAUUUAGGGAGGUGGAGAAAUGUGAUUCUCAGAUUUCCAAUUAUUAUUUUAAACCACAAAGCUCUUCUACUAGAAGUCCAUGCACUAUGUGUAUGAAGGAAAGAACAAAAACUUGAGCUGUAUGUGUGGUAACACUAACAGCAAACUGUACAUAUGGUUGAAGGCUCUACAUUUUGAUACUUUUUUUAAAAAAAAUAAAAAACUGUACAAGUCGUGUGUAUAAUCAGCAAUUUUUUCAAACCAUUUUAAAUGACGAUGUCUGGUGCUGGUUUCAAACUUUACAGCUUUCUAACUAAUCAAAUGAAGUCAGCCACCAAAUUCGGUUUUUUUUUUUACAUACAUUAUUUUAAACGACAGGUGGAAUUGUUAGGACACUGUUUAAUACUGUAACCGGUUCUGAUCUCUGUCUUGUCAUAAUGAAUUUCUGUUGAAAUGAGUUCUUGCUUGGUGCCUUUUGUGUUUCAGUUUUCAUUGUAUGGACAAAAGAACUGAGGGGGGAGGAGGGAAUUUGUUCUGUAUAUCAUUUGCUGUACUUACAUAAAAAGGAGUACUGAAAACCAAAUGAAUACAUUUGUAAAAAAAGUGCACUGUUUCUAUAGAACAAUUAAAUUUUUUUAUCUGA